AUGGCGAGGGCUCAAUUUUGGGGGAUUAUGAACGUCGACAAAUGGCGUCUAAUCCCUCGUGCAGGCUCGCUGAUUAAGAGCUUGUCCGACGAAGAAUACUGGCAGAGUGCGGAGCUGCUGAAGCGGGUGCAUCCGCUUCUGCCAACCCCCGAGCUGCAGGAAUUGAACACCGCAAUCCUGGCAAAUGCCAAAAACCCGCGAGAUCCGGCUGCGGGACUCGGCAAGCUCGCUCUCCCUCUGGAGCUGCUGGAAAUUAUCCUUGAACUCAUUGAGGGUCCAAGCGAUAUUGCAUGUCUUUGUGGGUGCAACAAGACGCUGUGGGCAAUUGGCUAUAAGUACCUGGUGAAGGCAUCGCAGGCAUACCCAAACAACUGGCAGGGUGACCGCAUCCUGUGUCUCGGCGAUCGUUCUGACGACUUGCCGGAAGGUCUCCUUGCGCCUGAAGAGCAGAAGGAGCUGGAGAAGCUAGAAAGGAAAUACCAUUUCCGGCCCACGGGGCGCAUCUUGACCUUCAUGUGUCAGCGCGCCAUCCCUCGAUCCCCUCCAGGUAAUCAUUGGACAGUUCGGCCCGACGAGUUCGAUGUCUAUGACGGGCGGUGGAUUCUCUGUAACUCGUCGAAGCGUCAAUAUGUGCGGGCAGACACUGUAAGAGAGAUCGCGGGUGACGCGGUAAACCUCGGGGACGUCCUUCUCUCGCAGAUCUGCUGGUCCAGCUGUCCUGAUAUCGGCAUCAGCGGAUACGAGGGCGACGUCCAUCGUGGCCUUUGGGCAGGAGACCGUUUUCUGAUUACCACGUUGGACGAGCUAAAGGAUGAUCAAUUGGAGCAUGAGGGGAUAUGGCAGGACAUGUCGGGAGACGUGAUGCAGAAAGUGUUGGAAAUUUGGAGACGUAUUCACGGUCCUGACUGGCCCGAGACGGCCCCCUCGAAUUAG